AUGAGAAUGGCAGACGAUGAUGAAGAAGACUACCUCUCCUCCAACCGAUCCUACCAGAUUUCACUGCCCACGAUACCAUCGGCCUUGGUCAGACAGGAGGGCACGGAAAACGACUCAAAUGGCGACGCAAUGGGAGACAAUUUUUCAACAAGAACAACAAGAGGCGCGUGGAAAGAAGAAACUGACCCGCAAACCGGCACGACGUUCUACCACAACACCGUCACCCUCGAAUCCCGGUGGGAACGGCCAGCAGACAUACCUACGGCUGGUGCUGAUGCCAACGCGGAUACUUCUCCGGAUAGCAUCACCACCCCGUCACAUUUGGACUCGAGUAGUGCGAACCCCUCAACCCUUCAGGCGAAGAUGCAACGAGAGGGCACGUCGUUGGUCAGUUUAGCACCAGCUCUGAUCCGGGCAAAAAGAAAGUGGCGGGCGCUCGUGGACAGUAACACAGGUAGCACAUACUAUGUUGACGAAGCCACCGGUGUGUCCCAGUGGGAACAACCAUCACCUGAGGAAAUCACGCUAUCGACAGAAACUGUUCUUGAUAGCCCUACCAAGGCAAUUUUGACCCCGAGCCCAUAUCAUCAGGCCCACCAAGCGGAGACCUCCUUGGUCGGAGUGGUACCAGCCUUGCUGAGAGCCAAAGAAAGGUGGCGUAACCUCGUGGACACCAACACGGGUAGCACGUACUACGUGAACGAGGACACCGGGGCGACGCAGUGGGACAAACCACCGGAGAUUGAUCGCUGUCAGGCACCUGACGACGGAGAUACGGUCCAAGACCCGCAGAUGGAAACCUCAGCGGUUGUUGGCGCGGAGGCUGCGACAGGUGCACCGGGCGAAAACGAAAAUGAGGAUCGCAACGCGUUAGCAACCGGUGGUUCUACUGACCAAAGGAGUGAUGCGCUUGAGACGCCCAGAGUCGUUGAAACCGACGACGUGUCGAAGUUGGCGGGAACAGGGGAGGAGGUUCCUGCAAAUGGACAGGCUCACGACAAUAGUGGCGGCGGAAACACCAGUACGUCGAGUCCGGACCCGUUUCUGCAGAGGGUAGGCUCGAACUCCACUUUGUCCACGUACGGCGGGGAGCUUGACUCUCUGGCGAAAUAUGUCACUGGUCACUCGUCCACGCUCGACAGAGGAGCAGUUGUUAGCAUCGAAGUCCCCAGUGAGGACAGAGAAUCAGCGAGUCCCGCAGACAUCGAAGAAGCAUCGCAUUUCACGGACACAGAAUCGUCUGGGGGAAACAAUCACACAGGUACAGGGUCGGAAAGGAAGAAUUCGGACGAGGAGACCUCCAAACACUCGACUUCUUCUAGGCAUGCAUCCAUCGCUGAACAAAGCACGGAAACGCCUUCGUCGGGUGUUGAUGCAGGCGAUUCAAUCAAGGAAGAACCCUGUGCCGUGGAAGAACAACAACAGGACCAGACCACAGAAACCACGGCCAACAGCAGCGUUUCUAGCAGUGUCCAGAGCGUCAGGCAACCGCUAAUGUCGGUUGUUUCGGUCGAUAGUCUAGGCCAGGCAACGGCACCUUUGCCAUCUGCUGACGACCUCGACGCGAAAGAACAAGGAACAUCUAUCGGUCAGCAGCAUUCCCCGCCGCAAGAAGAACGUCCCGGUAGUGAGGCCGAGUCAACAUCGCGUUUGGCAGAAGAAGAUGGGACGGAAGGAGACGCAGGCAACGUCUCUACAGCGCAGGACUUCGACGAGUCUGACGAUCUACGACGGCGAUCAAGUCCACCUGGGGAGCCUGUUACUUCCAGCGGCAAUGAAGGAACUGCAGGGGUGCUUCACAAGGAGAGACCAGCGGGGAAGUUGUCCGCACCCGACCUUGGACCCAUUAAAGUAGCCUCAGAACCGUCCAGCACGAGCGACGCGUCACCCGUUGAGGAUGUGCUGGACGGAGACGACGAAAGCUUACACGUCGUCCCUUCCGCCGCGAAACAGCCAUCUAGACUCUCUUUUGACGACGUGGCUGCCGCAACGGUAGCUCUUCAGCGCCUGCAAGCGGGCAUGCUGCGCAGGCGACAAUGUGCCGCGAUCGUGAAGCUCCAGGCGCAAGCCAGGGGCUGGGCGGCGAGGCGGUUAUAUUCAAGGCUAGUCGAGCGUGGCGAUACUAGGCGACGAGAAGAACGGGAAGCAAAGCAACGAGCGGCCACGACGAUCCAAGCGGUGGUACGGGGUCGCAUGGGAAGGAGAGAAGCGCUACUAUGGCAAGCACAGCGAGACAGCCAACACUCGCGGAACAUGCUCAAAGGGAGCGAUAGCAAGAGCGACGAAAACGAAAGGGAGCGUAUCACAACGUCCAACGGAAUGGAUGAUCUUGACGACGUGUACAACAUUCAGGGCACGGUAGUUCUUCUUCAGUCGAAGCAAGAGUGCAACGUCGAAGACAUAGCACAAUCACCGUGCUCUGUCCCAGAAGAAACGACGGCGAAGUCAACUACCGGUGGUGGUCAAGAAGAGGCUGAAACGUACGAUGGGAGCGUUGACGGAGAGGCGAGCGCGAACGGAUGGAACGAUCGCGCCGAUCUCAUUGACAGCAAUAAUAACAGGACUUCGGAAGAAGGGUCGCCAUCUCGAGAAGAUGGCCAUACCUAUGCCUUGAGCGAACACGAGCACUCUUCCGAGCUAGACCGUGACAGAUCUCCGGUGGGAAUUGAUGCCUACGGUGGCAUGGGAACGGGGUACGAGUCGGAACCUCUGGGAACAAUUGACGAGGAAGGAUAUCAGCGAAACGGAUACCUAUGGGGCGGAGGAGGAGCAACACCGGAAGAGCCUAACCCCGAGGUUCUAUCCUCGGAUGGUGAUGGGCCACCCGGCAACGACUACGAUACUGCUGUUUCUUCUCCCAAGGGGUCUGAGCGACAACAAGAUGCCGACGCUUCAGAGGAUGGGCGCAGUGCUUCCGACAAUGCCUACUAUGGUUUUGACCAUGAAGAGAGCACAGAAGAUGUCACGGACACGGACGACAAUGAUUCGGACGAAAGAAUACACAACAGUAGUCGAACAACUAUGAGUUCGGAAAGGACUUCCGGGGAGGGAGGAAUUCCGUCAGAUUUAACGGCUUCAGAAGGCGAUGAUGACCACAGCGGAUCUUCGUCCGAAGACGGUUACUUGCGUCAACAUUCCGUCAGGACGGAGGAAGAGGAGGCACAACAGCAACAACAACAACAACAACAACCUCCAAAAACGACCUUUGGUGACGACAAGACAGCUGGCGGAAGUGCUGGCGUGGACCGUGAAAUGGACAUACAGAGCGAGGGCAACAUUUCACGAACAAAUGGCGGCGAACUCGAUUACGAAGGGGAGGAAAUGGAAAGCUUAGAGCAUGAGGCCGAGGAGGAAAAGGCCAGAAAAGGAAUCUAUCUCGAUACGACGGCCCCGCUGGAAAGUCUUGAGGAGCUACGCACCCUGGUGGUGGCACAGGCGCAGGCCGCUGCUCGAGCGACCAUGACUGCCGCCGGGACGGACGCAUCUAAGCGCGAAGCAAUCAGAAUCAGGGAUCUCGCUGCUCAGCAAGCACAAGCUGCGGCGAGUUUCAGAGAGGCCAUACGGCACUCCAUCGCGGUAGAUGAUGGCGAUGACGACUCGAGUACGACCGCUUCAGGUGCUUCACCACUCGAGAUAGGUGUGGUAGAAACCUCGCCUUGCCUCACACAGGAGGUCAAAGCGGAUGAGAUCCCACCUGUUGGUAUGAGCCACAACCCACCCCAACCGAGUAGCGACUUAACGACAGAAGAUGGGGAAGAAGGCGGUCGCAGAAAGGGCAAAUCCCAUAUGUACGAUGCUGACAACCGAGACAAGGAUAAAGAAGAUCGGAAAAAGUCCGACCGACCGCCCACGAUACGCCAAGAUGAGCUGCAAGACACCUGCGACACCACCACGAGUGGAGCUGCACAUGUGCUCGCGUCGGACGUCAGCCGGCUCGCGUCACGGCAAAGCGAGGUGGCGAGCGAGGUUCUCCAGGAGCCUUCGUCGGAAGAUGCGAGGGGUACCCUGCCGGCAGAUCCGCGAACAUUUCACCGGAAGUUUCCGAAGGUGCUCGAGGCGCUGGCGGUGCUCGGGCCUUCGGUGGGGCUGCAGGCGAAGGCCGUCGGACUGAUGGAGGAGGUUGUCGAACGCACGGAUCAUUCGCGGAUCGACGCACGGAUAGAGGCACGAGCCGCACGGAAGGGAAGAAUAGGUCGCCUCGCGGAGUCGCUGGCGGAGGACGCGAAGCUGGUGGCGGCUAGGCACCAGCAUACGGCCGCGAGAAUGGAGGUGGCUCCGGACCCCGCAACUGCGAGGUUUGUUGCCGACGACAUCCGGCGACUAACCCUGGUGCAAGAAAAGCUGGCAUAUCGGGUUCAGCAAUUCAUUCUGACGGCGAGCGGGGCUGUUUUCAACAGCCACGCAGGAGAAGAUAACCCGCAUUCGAUCAACAAUGUGCAGAACGCCACCAUCGACAACGGGAGUAAAACUGCUGUCAGCGGUUCUGCCGCUACGGUUUCUAACGCCGCGGCCGAGACGAACAUGAGCGAAGCCAGUAUGAAGGAAACUACGACGACCGAAACGGCACAGGGCCGGCUUGGUAGGCUUGCUGCCGCCGUGGUGAAAGAACUCCGGAGUGGGGUCGACAUCGGGAGCGUCGCCGCCGCACGCGCUCAAGCCAUCCGCAGGGGGAGUCAGGCGGGCAGGCUCGCCGAUGAGUUAAGACUUAUAGCUUCGGGCCAGGCCGCUGCCUCGCUGGCUCUGGGCGACGCUGGGGCACAGCUCAUUGCGGACGCCGAGGCCGAAAAGCCGAUCCCGCGAGAAUACGCCUUGUCUCGUAGUUCAAGCACUCAUGACCAUAACCCCUUGGGCAGGACGCAUUGUGGAAAGCUUGAGGAAAUCAAUUGUAUUUCAGAAAUCGACCGCGGAGACGAGGGCGACAGCAGGGGUAAGGGACCCGCCAAUGCGGCUGCCGUUGUUGUUGGACACAAUGAUAACGAGCAUGACGUCGUUGUAAUCGCCCCGGAAACAGCUAGUAUUGUACCCAACGGCCUAGCAGCCGGGACCGGCGACGAGUUUGGACCAAGGGGGCCGUCCUUACCUCCAGCAGCAGUCAGUGUCGCUGGCUCAAGCAUGGCUAUCGAGAUGGCAGCCCAGGAGGAGGAAAUCGCCGCUGCGUCACGAAUACAGUCAUUUCUUAGGCGGCGUCGAAGACAGGGUAGGCUAGGAAUAGUUCCCGGCGGUUUGUCGACAGAGAGGGCAACAGUUGUGCCGGUCUUACCAUCUGCAGCCAACUCGUCGGGCGAACUCUGCAACGCCGGCAGCAGCAGAAGUAGAGCUACCGCUGACUGGUUCGUCGUGGCAUUACGGUCCCUGCGACGGGAGGUUGAUAAUUUCCUACUCGGCGGAACCGGAGUCGAUGUUGUUCGUGGCGGUAGUAGCGACGAUGGAUCAGCGGCACCUUCCGUGUCGGAUCUGGGGGAAAACGCAGGAGACAGCGGUUCGGACGAAGAUAUUGACAAAGCAGACGGAGUGGACGGCGAUUCGGACAACGACGGUGACGACACCGAGCCAGAAUCAUCGGAAGACUGCCCGGACUACGACUGGCCCACAUUCCCACCCGUGCCUUUGCGCGCGCGGGCUCCAUCGUUGUACACCCUCCCUCCUCCUAGCAGCGGCUCAUUGAGGAGGAAACCUCGCGACAGCAGCGAGAGGGCGCCCGGUGUUCCUGCCUCGAAGGGCCCUUUCACAAAGCUUGACCCUGAGGUGGCCGCUCGCCUGAACUCGGCGUCGUCGGUAUUCUGCCUCCGAGCAUCCGACGUCUUAACAGCCUUCUCGCCACCCCCGCCACCGCCUUCUUCUUCCCGUCUGAUUGCGUCGACUGCAACAUCGAGCGAUUCUUUGCCAAGGUCGCGCCCCUCCGCUAUUCCUGGGACCUCCGCCGGCCGCGAAGGCACCGGUGGUUUUCGCAGGCUGUCCUCGCCGGAAGCCCUUCGGCAGAGACUGCGGGUGGAGGCACAGGACGCUUCCCUUGCCGGUCUUGGCCGACCGUGGCUGCUGUCUUCCCGUGCCGUUAGCCUACAGACUCGUCACAAGCAGGAACAACAACGCUCAGCUUUUCUCCGGAAGAAAGGAAACUCGGGUAAACCUAUCGGGAUGUGGGGUGGUUGUGGUGGCAUCGAUCAGGUCAGGGGAAAGAGGCGGCGAACUGAUGCUUUCGGUCCUUUGACACCCCUAGGCCAACGCUUGGCCAGGCGGUACAACGCCGGGGUGGCCGCUAGAAGACGGCGUAUUAUCGGGGAGACAGAUGCAUUCCGGGCGGUGCACGUCGGGAGGCAGCUGAGGAUCGGGGCCUCUUUGAACGCCCUCGAGAGGGUAGAGCGCGCUCUGGACGCGCGGCUAUCCUGUGCGAGAGAGGCAACGGUGUCUUCAGCCCACAUUGCGGAGCUGCUGGAUGUUGUGGGCCGUUUCGUUUUCUCGGACUCGCAGUUGUGCGGGCAGCGGACGGAGGCAGCAUCUACGCCAUCAGGUGGCGAGGCAGUUGAAGGCAUCGCUCCUCAACGAAGUCGUUGUCGAAUAUGUCAGGAGCUGCUCGAAGAUCUACGCCAGAAGUUUCCGGUCGUGCGGGAGCAGUCUAGCUGGGGGAACGAAACCAACCCGUUCUGCUGCGACCGUCGCUGGCAAGGCAGCCCGCGGAUCGGGUCACCCGAAUGGGAAAAUAAUACGAUAACACCAACGUCCACAGACGACCCCAAUCAGGACAAUGCAAACGACGGGAGGGGAAACGACGCCUACAACAUGAGUCUCGAACGUGUCGCUUCUACUGAGGGUGCAGAAGAGGCACAAUCACCUCCAUCGGCAGUGGUGGGCACAACCGGUUUAAGGGUGAGGAACGGUGACGAUGCGGGUGCCAGCUACGGUGGGGCUGCGAUGUCGUGGCCGUCGCCUUCGGAAAACGCAGGCGGGAAAAACUGCCCGAGACCCGGUUUGCUCCCACCAGUUUCCACACCGGGAUCCGUCGAGGAGGACACGCCCGCCACAGGGUCAGUUCGAUGCAGGCGGGGGGCGGCAGGCUUGAUGCAAUCGGGAGCUGUAGUACCGGGUCUUGAACGGCGGGGUAGUAAGGUGGGCGCGAAGCCGCCCCCGAAGCCUGAUGCCGUGGCCGCUGCCUUCUCGGCUCACCUUCACGGCGUCGACAAGUACCCGUUGGAGUUGGCUCGACUUUGCCGGUUCGCGCAGUUCCUGACGGAGAACGAACUCCUUCGAGAGGCGUACGAGGUCAUCCUUCAUAUACUCUCCUCGUUCACUACCUCGGAGCGCGACGGCAUCAGCGGAAAAGACAACAGAGGCAACUACGGCAACAGCAACAGAGGCAACGAAGGCAAAAGCAGACCAGCCACGCCGCCUUCGUCGUGGUCGUUUUCUCCCCUGCCCGCCUUGCCGACCGGCCUACGCGGGCAGCUGCUUGUCGUGGCUGGCCGUCUUGCCGUCGCCACCGGCCGCUACCCGCAGGCCGUGCGACAUGUCAAAGAGGCUGUGCGAACCGUCACGGACAACAGCACCAAAGCUGGUCGCGACACGAGCCCCGCGGUUCUGGUGUCGGCCAGCGAAGUGUUUGAAUACCUCUUAGACUUCCGGUCGGCGGAAAUCAUUCUCUUGGGGUGCCUUUUGCAUGACCCCGACUACAAACCAGCCCUGUCAAGCUAUGGUAGACUGGCGGCGCGAAAGGGUGAGCUAAGUGUGGCCGAGAGGUACCUCACGAGAGCUACGUCUCUCUCGGGCGGCCGCGACCAUGCAGCGAAGGGAGGAGAGAGGGGAGGGAAGACGGCUGGGGUUGGGGCGGCUGAAGAUUGGCUUACUCUGAUGAAGUUUUAUGCAGAGAGAACGCCGUCCUCGGCGAGGGCAACGGAUACGUUGACAUGCUUUCGCAAAGUUCUGAGCUGCCUGGACUGGACGAACCUGGAACAGCAGCGCGUGGCACAGUCCCUACCCCGGAAAGCUACCGCUACUGCCGCGCCACAAGGAGGGGUGGAUUCCACCACGUCGCCGCAAUCUUCAUCGGAGACUUUCGACAAAUCAUGGCAACCGAGGGGGGAGAUUCUGCUAGAGCUCGGCCGCUUCGAGCUAGUCCAUAACCGAAGCAUAAAGAGGGCGUCAGCAUUCUUCAGGGCCUGCCUACGGGAGAGUCCUUGGCAUGCUUCCGCAAAGGUGCAUCUGGCUGUUUGCAUGCUGGAGCAACUCGGACCUUUCAAGGACGGGCGACCUCCGUCCAGGGCCACUAUGAAAAUCGACUCUCUUCUCCGCUCUGUACUAAACUUCAACGGCUAUGGCCACGUCACACGCUCCCGGACACCCACUCUCAAUACCGUCGGCGGAAAUGUAAGACCAAAAGCAUCGGCGGCACCACCCUCUUCACCCACGUUGACGCCAACCCGGAUCCGAGGAAAGGGCGCGAGCGCCUCUGUCGGGGCGACGGCCACCACUAACCACGCCGGUCACAACACCCCGAUCAAAUACGACGCAACACCCAGAAGCAGCUCUGUUGGCGCCGCCAGACAUGGCGGCGGCGGUGGCGGCGGCCGUGGGAUAUGGUUGUUGUGGUUAUUUUACGCCAAGUUCGCUGAACGUUGUUUGAAAGACCCGCAGUUGGCUCUGUUCGCCCUCAACAGAGCUGCUGCAGCUGCGGCUUCAUUGCCGGGUCGACUGGGACAGUACCGAUCAAGGAGGGGCCUGAAUCCUAACGGCGGAACAAUAGGGGAUGGGGUCAAGUUGGACUUCAGGGGGGGAGCUGUUCCUUUCACGCUCGUCGCGCGGGCACAGUUUUGUCAGCGUUGGCCGAAGCUUUCCGAGUGCAUCGCCGGUUCAUCUGGGGGUGGUGGCGACGUGGACUCUUCACCCGAAGAAAGUUUGAUGGACGCUGCUAUGAGGCAAGCACCACUCUCGGAGCACUACGCCUAG